CAGGCCGUUGGUGGUCUGUCCAUUGUCUUUUGUGUCGGCGGAAUUUGAACUUCCCAUUCAGGCGCUGCAGUUCACAUAUGGCUUCUAAUUGCUGAUGCUCCGUAUUGUCAAUGCAACAUUCUUCUAACCCGACGGUCCUCCGAAAAGUCCGUUUGAGUACAGUCUUAUCGGCCGCAUAUAAGUGGAAUGGGCUUAUGGUGUAUGCCGAUAAUCGCCCAAAAGCUAGAGUUUGGCAACCUCGGCUUCUGAGCCACAACUUUUCCCCAGCUACGAUUUCCAUUACCUUGCCAUCCUCCUUUAUCUCACCCACUACCCAGCUCCGGCAUUAACGUACCGACAUAAAGUGGCCGAACCGCUGGAUGAAUCUGCGAAAGGACGAUGACAGAUCGCGCAUCCUUCACAGCCAAAGAUACUGUCAAAUACCUUUGGAAGACUCUCGGACUGCCGCCUGUUGCGCUUGAUCGUCUACACCUCGAAAGAGAAGGGCCAGGUCUGCCGUCAUCAUUCAAAGUCGGUCACUUAGCCCAUGCUUCGAUCGGUCUGUCUGGUCUUACAGCGGCACUGCUCUACGCAUACGGAAAGAAAGGUAGAGUUCCGGUGGUGAGAGUGGCGUCACAGCAUGCCGUGAUUGAGUUCAAAUCCGAAAGAUUCUACCUACUCGAUGGACAGAAACCGGCCUCGUCUUGGGGUCCAAUUGCAGGUCUCCAUGCGACAUCUGAUGGGUAUGUUCGCGUGCACGCCAAUUUUCCCAACCAUCACGAAGGCACAGUCAAGUUGUUGGGAUGUCAGCCCCACGCGAGCAGGGCACAGGUAGGUGAAGCCAUCUCAGCUUGGAGAGCGGUCGACUUGGAAACUGCUGCGGCCGAUAAUAAGCUUGUCAUCGCCGCACUUCGUACCUACAAACAAUGGGAUGUCACACCGCAAGCCCAAGCUAUCUCAGACUUCCCAAUAACGGUGACCAAGGUCGCCAACUCUGCACCUGGAUUCCCCGAGCACAUGCAGACGCCACAGGAUAAAUGCCUCCGUGGUCUAAGGGUUCUCGAAUUGACUCGAGUGAUUGCAGGGCCUGUGGCGGGUAAAACACUGGCAGCUCAUGGCGCGGACGUUCUCUGGAUCACCAGCCCGAACCUACCCGACCUGCCAGGACUCGAUCGCGAUCUUGCUCGAGGCAAGCGCACCGCACAAGUUGACCUCGAUAGGCCUCAAGACGUUAGUCGCUUGAUGGAUUUGCUGGACGAUGCGGACGUCUUUCUUCAAAGCUACCGUCCAGGCAGCGUGGUCGCCAAAGGUCUCACCGAGCAGAAUAUUCUCGAUAGGCGUAAAGGCCGUCCACUUGUGUUUGCGAACCUGACCGCGUAUGGUACAACGGGACCGUGGAAGUCACGGAGGGGAUUUGAUUCUCUGGUGCAGACAUGUUCGGGAAUGAACGUCUCCGAAGCGGAACACUAUGGUCAAGGCGAAGCAGCAAGGGCUUUGCCAUGCCAGGCUCUUGACCACGCCAGUGGGUAUUUCUUGGCCACUGGAAUUAUGGCUGCCCUCUAUACGCAAGCGACAGAAGGCGGCUCGUACAGGGUCGACGUGAGUUUGGCCGGGACUAUGAAGUAUCUCCGGAGCCUCGGCCAAUACCCUGGGACGACUGGCUUUCAAGUAGAUGACUACGAGAAGCAUGAAGACAUUCCUCCGGAGUACUUCGAAACGCGAAUUUCAGGCUUCGGUGAGCUCAAAUCUAUCAGACACUCGGUUGCCAUCGAAGGAGUUGAUGUCGGUUGGGAGAUUAUGCCGGAGCCGCUAGGAAGUCAUGAGCCUUGCUGGCAAUGACCGCACGACUUCAUGACAGGAGGUACAGCUGCAGCCUGCAUGGUUUAUCUGCAAUGCAGGGUGCAAAAGGUUUUUAGGGGUUGCUGCCUUCGCCGUUCUCCUCGCUCUUUCCUCGAUUAUCGAGCACCAAUUAAGUCCGAGUUACAACCGACCUCAGGCAUUGUCUAAUUCGCCUCGACAGGCAUUUCAAACAUCACGACAGGCCUCAUCGAUCGACAGGCAAUUUGUGUUUAAGCU